AUGGCUGCCAUGUUUCCCGCGGCUGCAGAGGCGAAGCAGAGCGCAGACGUGCUUUGCGAGCGUUUCUCCAGUCUGUUUGCGCUGUUGGCCAAAGAGGAGGAGACGCUUAAGGCAACUGUCCUGCAGAAUGAGCUCAUGGAGAAGCAACUGCAAGAGCUCCGCUACGAUCCUCGUCGGCUAACUGGCAGCUUCGCCGCGGAGGCGGCGGAGCUGCGGAGCGAGGCCCACGCCGCGGAGCAGAAGGCGGCGCUGCGCCACGGGGAGGUGGGGGCGCUGGCCGCAGCACAGGCCACCUAUGAGCGCCAGUGCGCGCGGCUGCAGGAGCGAUGCCAGGCAGAGGCUGGCCAGGAGCGAUCCGCCGCCGAGGCCAUGGGCCGAAGCACCUCGGAACAGCGCUUUCUGAAGUCUGAGAGCGAGGAGCUGACGCAUCAGUUGGAAGUCGCGGAGGCACAGCGAAAGGGCAUCUUGGACGACUUCCAAGCGGCGCAGGAUAUUGGAAGGCAAGCCGCCGAGAAGUCCAAGGAAUUGCAAGAGAGGCUAGUUGCCGAGAAGGCCAAGAUGCAGAAGGUGCAAGAGGAGGUGCGCCGUGGUCAGGAGGAUGUCUCUGCCGUGGAGAAAGUGGUGGUGUCCAAGCGUUCGGAUGUGCAGGAAUUGCAGGGUUCCUUGGCCGAGGAGCGGGAGGUGGCGCAGCAGUCUGAAACGCGACUGAGGGAACAGGUGGGCAAGAGGGCCAGGUACGAAGAAGAGCUUGCGACGCUGAGCUCCAAGCUGGAGCGCUGCCGGAGGGAGGGAUCCGAUUUGCAGGCCCAGUUGGAUGAGAAGACGAAGGAGGUCUGGCUCUUGAAGGAUAGGUUGCAAGCAGAGGAGCAGCGCCACCGGACCGAGCUGGAAGCCGCUGAGGCGUCCAAGGCACAGAAAGAGCGCAUGGAGGCGGAGUUGAAGGGAGCCGUGGGCGCCAAGACGGACGUGGAGUUGGAGCUUGGAAACCUCCGGAAGCUCGCGUCCGACUUGGCGGAGCAAUGCGCCGCGCAGCGGCGCUGGCGGGACGAGCAGUUGCAGAAACAAAGUGCCGGGGAGAUGGCUGCUGAGAGACUCAGGAAGGAGCUCGCCCAGCUCCAUUCUGAGCAGCUGCGCCUGCAGCAAGAGGCCAAGCAGGCCACACAUGAGCGCAAUCGCUUGGAGGUGGAGUUGCAGGUGGCAAAGCCCGCCUUGGAAGAAGUGUGGCGCCGCUGCAAGGACCUGGAGACGCGGCUGGUGGCCCGGGUCCGAGAGCUCAGCGACGAGUCCGACAAGGUAAGGCGCCUGCAAAAUGAGGCCGACGCUGCCAAGGCACGAAUCUCUGCCUUGGACGGCCAGAACAACCUCAUCACCAGGAAGCUGGACGACCUACGCUCCCCACGGGUUGACGCCUUCCAGAAACCGGAGCCCAUGGCGACCUUGAAAGAGCCUCGGGGAGAUAUGAGCGACCGGCUGGCAAUGAGGGACAGCCCCCAUGCGGAGCUUCCUGCGGUAUCUGCGGAAGCCAAGGAGUACAACGCAGAUGCUGUGCGCUACCUCUGUGAUUUCGUGACCAGAGAAGAAGCGCGCUUGGGUUUGCCCAGGUGA